UGACUUCUGUGUUUCUUCAGUGUUGGCGGCCAUUAUUCUACGUAUAAUUAAUUUUUUGCUGUGUUACUAAUACGAAACAAAGAACUUAUAAUUUUACAAUAUUUCUUGAUACGUUAGCUCUUUACGAAUACUACAGUAAUAGUACAAAAUGAAUCCAGAAUACGACUACUUGUUCAAACUGCUCCUCAUCGGCGACUCCGGCGUCGGCAAGUCCUGUCUGCUGCUCAGAUUCGCAGACGACACAUACACAGAAAGUUACAUCAGUACUAUCGGAGUGGACUUUAAAAUUAGGACUGUAGAAUUAGAUGGCAAGACAAUAAAGUUACAAAUAUGGGACACGGCAGGCCAGGAGCGGUUUAGAACUAUCACUUCAUCAUACUACAGAGGAGCCCACGGAAUUAUCAUUGUUUAUGACUGCACAGAUCAGGACUCGUUCAGCAACGUGAAGCAGUGGCUGGAGGAGAUCGACCGCUACGCGUGCGACAAUGUGAACAAGCUGCUCGUGGGCAACAAGUGCGACCUCACCACCAAGAAGGUCGUCGACUACACCACCGCCAACCAAUACGCGGAGCAGCUCGGCAUCCCGUUCCUGGAAACCUCAGCCAAGAACUCGACGAACGUGGAGCAGGCGUUCAUGACCAUGGCGGCGGAGAUCAAGGCGCGCGUGGGGCCGCCGUCCGCCGGCGCCGCGCCCGCCGGCGCCAGCGUCAAGAUCGACCAGGGCCGGCCCAUCGACACCGGCAAGUCCACCUGCUGCUGAAUGCUGGAGGCGUCAGCAACACUUGGAGACUUUGGUCCAGCGAGGAGGCAGCCGCCGCACCGAGCAUACACCACUCACACAACCAUCAUCGUCUAAUAUAUAUUAUAUAUAAUUAUAUACAUCUUAUAUACUAAUACAUUGAAACAAACCACUUAGUACCGACUACACAGCCACAUCUUACCCCAUAAGCUCAGUUACGUUGCGACGGAUGCAUGUUUAAACUUGUUUAUAUAUAAUGAUUAUAAUUAUCGUAGGUUAAUAUUAUGCUGUUAUCAUUCAGUGGACGGGGACGGCAUAGGUAAAUUUUUACGUGACGGACGUAACGAUAAGAUUAAAAUUGUAAUGUGUUUUUCUACGGUCUAGGUAAAUCGGACAUCGGCCUCGCUAGGUUAUAGCUUCGACAGCUCUAGGGGCUCGGUGAAUGCCUUUUGUAAGCUUAUGUGUGUGAAUAUAUUGUCGAUAUUCGUCUGGACUCGGCUGUAGUAUAUGAAUAUUAGUUAAUGCGAUCCGUGGGGAUGCCGGGACCUGUCGAAGCUGUCGCCAUUAUACUGAGUAACUAUUCGAAGCCGAUUCGACUAAUAAACACGUUAACGUAAGAUGUAACUUGCUUAGCUAAAGUCCAUUGCGGUUAGUGUAACCUUGUUAUAUUAUUCCAGAUUGCAUUGAUUUUUAUUUUUCUUUACGAAUGUCACUUUAAGGUACUAAAAUUAUAUAUAACUCGUGUCUGCACUGUUUAUAUUAUACCUUUUUUAAUAUAUAAUGUGGAAUUAAAGCGUUGGGUUUAUUUGUUUCUAGAGUUUCUUCUAAGGAGGUAGGAGUGAUUCGUGAGCAAUCGUUUUAGCAAACGCCUUAGAGAUUAGUCACAGAUGUUAUAUAUAACGUAUGUAGGCAACAAUUUAAAUCGAUCGUCAAAUGGGAACAUAGUAUUAAUUAAAAGACAUAUUCAAUAAUAUCACAGCAAUAAUGUGAUAGUUUUACUCCCGAGUAAAACGUAUUUUAACGAUACUUUACUUCAAAUACUAGUCUAUCUGCCUUUUAAAGAUAAAUAUUCGAUUCAUAGCCGUAGCAAUAUAUCUGUAAAUCUAAAUUGUAAGUGUGAAGUGUAUGCAACUCAAAUUAUUGAUACAAAAAUUACUUCAAGGCGGUGCUCAAUAUACUACUUUGGAGGUAAAUAGGUUGAACUUUUGAAAUAUUUUUUACAUUGAUUUUAGACUAGUAUAUGAAAUACUGAACUACAAAAUAAUAAAUUAAUGUAUUUAUCGGUCGUUCUAUGGCUUGCCUCAGCAAUUCAUUAUUUUUGUACUAUUUUGUCAGAGUUAAGUUUACUUAAAUCAAUUCCCGCUAACCCACUGUAAGUCUGUAUUGGGGGUUUCUUAGAAAUUAAAACAGUAUGCUAUA